UGCAGCGUGUGUUUAUUGAUGAGAUGAAAAGAAGAUGGAAGUGAGAAAUGAAACAAAGUAAAGGAACAUAUUAAAAAAAAAAAAAAAAAAAGAACUAUCCGCGCUUCGUCGGGGGGGAAAACGGGGGGAGCCGCGGAAACAUUGUCGCCACUUUUUGAAAGAGCUUCGAAGUGCAGAGCAACACAUGAUUUGGACAGAGAGGACUGACAGCCUUGCAUAGCACCCGGGCCUCCGAUCAGCCAUCUCCACCAGCAAACUGAAGCUUGAGCCGCACUUCAUCACCAGCCACACAAACACCUUCGGAACAAAACGUCAUCUAACUGUGACAUCAGUUGCAAGGGGAUGACCGAGCGCAUUCAUAACAUCAAUCUCCACAACUUCAGCAAUUCUGUACUUGAGACCCUCAAUGAGCAGCGCAACCGUGGGCACUUCUGUGACGUGACUGUUCGGAUCCAUGGAAGUAUGCUGCGAGCUCACCGCUGCGUGCUGGCUGCUGGAAGCCCCUUCUUUCAGGACAAGCUGCUGUUGGGCUACAGCGACAUUGAGAUCCCUUCUGUGGUCUCGGUGCAAUCCAUCCAAAAGCUGAUUGACUUUAUGUACAGCGGGAUUCUGCGGGUGUCUCAGUCAGAGGCCCUGCAGAUCCUAACCGCUGCCAGCAUCCUCCAGAUCAAGACCGUCAUCGAUGAGUGCACCCGCAUCGUGUCCCAGAAUGUGGGCCUGGCCGGGCCGGGGGGCUUCCCCGUCAUACCGGGAGACUCCGGUCAGGAUACGCCCCGCGGCACGCCGGAGUCCGGCACGUCCGGGCCCAGCAGCGACGCAGAGUCAGGUUAUAUGCAAGCAACAUCUCAAGGCAUUGACCGCGCAUACACAUCACUGUACUCCUACCCCGGCCUCACUCUGCAGAACGGCACCCGCGAGCGCCCCCUGUACAUUACCCCCAUGUCGACAAACUACGAUCCGACUCUAAGCACUCAGGAGGUCCAGCAAUCUCAAGACCCGCCGUGGAUGAACCGCAUCCAGGAGCGGUCUCAGCAGGUCGACCGCUUCAUCUCCACAGCGGAGUCCACCCACUGCCGCAAGCAGCCCCGGCCGGUACGCAUCCACACGGGAGGGAUGCACAUAAAGCAGGAGGCCGAGGACGAGCACAGCUGCUACGAUAAUUUGGGGGACUGCCAAGACGACACCGACCACACGGAGGGUGUGGAGAGUGAAUCCAAGGUUGAGAGUUUCGACUCAGGGGUGAGCUCCUCCAUCAGCACCGAGCCAGAUGCCAUGGAGCCGCAGCCGUACCUGACGGGCUUCGGCCGGGACGGGGACGGCCAUCAGCAAGGCGAAGGGGGCCCGGUGCAUAUAGAGGUCAACGACUCGUCCCCAGAGCAAGUGGAAGACCCAGAGGACGGGGACACAUCCCACAGCACUAGUGACAGUAGCAUGAUGCAGCCCCUGCCAAACUCGGUGCUGUCGCACUCCCUGUCCAACGCCCCGCACUACAUGCGCCAGGCAGAAUCACUCACCAGCAAUCUGAGGAUGCCGCUCACCGUGACCAGCAACUCCCAGGUGAUGGGCACCGCUGGAAGCACCUUCCUGCCCACGCUCUUUCACCCGCAGACGAAUAGAGACAACAAGCCUUUCCCUUACCUUCCUGUCCAGCAACCAGCCCAGUUUGUGGCCGUGCAGAACGCCGCGAUGCCGUCGUUCCCGAACUCCAUGUCGGUACAGCAAACGGCGUCGCAGCAGCAGCUCGUAGGAGGAAUCGGUCCGGGGGAAAAGAAGCCCUACGAAUGCACUCUCUGCAGUAAAACCUUUACUGCCAAACAGAACUACGUCAAACAUAUGUUUGUCCACACCGGUGAGAAGCCCCAUCAGUGCAGCAUCUGCUGGCGCUCAUUCUCCCUGAAGGAUUACUUAAUCAAACACAUGGUGACACACACAGGGGUGCGCGCCUACCAGUGCAGCAUCUGCAACAAGCGCUUCACCCAGAAGAGCUCUCUCAAUGUCCACAUGCGGCUGCACCGUGGAGAGAAGUCCUACGAGUGCUACAUCUGCAAGAAGAAGUUCUCACACAAGACCCUGCUGGAGAGGCACAUGGCCCUGCACAGCACAGGCAGCGCCAUCACGGGGCUGUCGGGGAGCGCGGGUACCCCGGGCCCCGUCUCCAUUCCCAUGCCCAUGGCCGUCCCCGAGCCUGGCGCCGGAGUGGUGGCCCUCGCCAUGCCGGCGGGCGGAGGUGCUGGUGUAGGGGCUGGGGUUGGAACAGGAGUGGGUGUAGCUGCAGAAGCGAGCUGCCAAGAAGGGACCACCUACGUGUGCUCCGUCUGCCCUGCCAAGUUCGACCAAAUGGAGCACUUCAAUGACCACAUGCGAAUGCAUGUCUCCGAUGGAUAAGUACUAAUAGAUAAACUUCUUUCAAAAAGAAUGACAAAUAAAAUGGCACUAGAUUUUCCUUUUUUCUUAUUUUGAGGUAUGAAGAGUAAUGAGUAUAGACACUGGCACAUUGAUUUUCCCAAAAAAAAAAAAAUUAUGAUUUUUUUCUUUUUCUUUUCUGUUAUUCUAAAAGAAAAAAAAGAUGGUGGCCUUAAGGCUUAGUAGUUUGAUAUUGAUCUACUGGAUGGAUCCUAACUACAGGCCUCUAAAUGUAUGCUUUCCUAAAAUAUUGAUUUAUGUGUUGAACACUACCGAAAGGCCUACGAAAGAAACACAUACACACAAACACACCUUUAGUGUAGAAAUGUCUGAAUGAAUAUACAUGUGCAUAUAUGUUUGAGCGUUCGUGUAUUUGCAUAUGUCUGUCUUUUUAGUCCGUGUGUGCGCGCGCGCGCGCGUGUGUGUGUGUGUGUGUGUGUGUGGUUGUGUGUGUGUGUGUGUGUGUGUGUGUACAAUGCCGUGAAACAUUAAUCAUGGCAGUUGUGAACCCAUACUGACCAGUUUGGAAACUAGAUGUCCAAGCUUACUGUGGUAUAAUUUACAACAACAAUAACAAAAAAAAAAUCAACUGGGGUUGGGCUAAAUAUUCCCUCUAAAAAAAUACUGAUGGUCACAAGAUUGCCUUCUAAUGUAAAAUAAAAAAGGAGAGUAGUUAAUUUGACACUGGGUUUUAUUUAUUCCUAUGGUAUUAAGGGAUUAUAAUGCAGCUGUUGUCAAGGUACCAAUUUCAAUCAUUUUACUGAAAUGUAACUUCCUGUCGGUUGUGACAGGGACUAAUAUUUCUCACAUGUUUUGUAAUUGUUGUCCAUGCAUUUUGAUGGUUAAGAUUACGUUUACUAAAUUAGGGUGUGUUGAAGAGACAACAUUUGAGCAAAAAUAUGUUUCUUUUUUUCUGAAGUUUGGAGUUUAAGUCAUUUGCAUACACUGCCACUAUAAUAUCCUAAACGACUGUUAAGGCUACUAGACCUCUUCCAUUUAAAAACAUGAGAGAGAAAAAAAAGGAAAGAUCCUUUUGCUGAUGUUUUUCUUUGUUUUAGCCUUUUCCCAUUCACAGUUAAUGGCAGGCCGGCACACGCGACUAAACUCUCUCCUUCAUGAUUGCUGCUCCUCAACUUGCACCUGACUGCAAUGGGAUGUAGAAUGAAAUUGUCACUGUAAUUAUUGUCAUGGAUCAGCCUUCGCGGUUGCAAUUUGAUAAUCAGAUUAUAAUAUUUGGGAGGUCCAGGCUUGUCGGCGAUGGGAACGGUGUUAACGAGGGAGGGGUUUCAUUUGAAUCAGCCGGACCCCCUGUGCAACCCAUCCAUUGCUAUUGCACAGCUAUUUCAGCUGGUUGGAGCUAAUCGCACGUUCUCUUUGGUGCAUUUGCUCCUCUCGGCAGCUCAAAGGGCGCGCAACGCUGUCCAAUGAGAAUGCAGCCUCAGCGCAAAACAAGUAGCUCCUUCGAAAUCACACUGCUUUUUUCGUGAUGUACCACAAGUUGCAGAUGGACUUUCUAGACGACCGUAAACAUUCCUGAUUUUGUAAACUCUUGGACACAGCAUGUUGAGAAUAGAUUUGGAAGCUAGUGUGCAAAAGUUUUUCAUCCACGCAUCACGAUAAGGCAAAUUUCUAAUAUCUGAAUCGUUUUUUAUUGCUUUUUAUUAGAAAUAGGACACACACACACACACACACACAUGCAACUGCCUGCAACUACAAUCUGGAGGAUUUGCUCAUUUAUGUGAGCAAACACUUUGGUAGUUGUACCGUUUAAAGAAUAACAAACUGCAUACAGCGGUCUUAAAAAGACCUGCUGUAGAUUUUAAAAAACAAAGUGCUACUUUGCACAUUUUCUUAAAAUGCCUGUGCUUAAUAUUUAAUCAUUUUCCUUAAAUUAACUUUUAUUGAUUUUCUUUCAUUCAAUUUAAAAAGGAAAACUUGUUUUUGUUAAUCUUGAUAAGUGGACUGCAUUAUUUUCUUGCAUAUAUGUUGCACUGCUUAAACCAAUAAGUGCACUACUGUUAACAGAGAUACUAUAGUUUUAGAAAAGAGGAUUUUUUUUUUAAUCUAACAUUUGGUUGUAGAGUUCACAUGUAAGAAUAGCUUUGUUUCAAUUUAUUCAUUAAGUAAUUCAGUGGUUCUUGGCUUUUGUUAUCGCUUGCAGUUACCUACAGUAUAUCCUUGUGCCGUGUUAAUGCAAGCAUUUAUUUUUAUUUAAAUAUGUACCAUAAUGUGUGCUCAUCUAUGUUUUAACCUUUUGAAUUCAUUCUUUUACGGAGUCAGCUCCCUGUGACAGUUAAUCAAGCGCAUUUCUUUAGAAACAGACACAAUUUUUCCUUCAAGAACAUCCAAGCCAAACAACAUGAACAGUGAAACAGUAAUAAUACACGACUCCCGUCCAACUCCGUUGGCGGAGGUAAUGAUAAUAAUAGCUAUUCUUGUAUUAUUAAUAGUAAUACAUUUAAAAUGUAUGUGUGUGCGUGUGUGUGUGUAUGUGUGUGUGUAACAUAAAUGAUAUGUGUGUCCUAGAACAACUUUCUGUGGGGUUUUUAAGGUGCGGGAGGUGAUGGAAUGCAGCUUCUUUGAUAUCUGUCGGUUGUACACGGUCGUGUCCCUUCCUUGGUGUUUGUACGUCCGUGUGGUAUUUAGCCUAAUCAAUCUGUUAAUAAGUGGAAUAUCUGAACUGUAGGGCUUCCUUUGCAAUAUGCAGCGCAGGUACUACGAGAAGCAGCUCUCUGAACCUUUCGGGCCGACGCGGCAACACGUGACAUCUGUUCUGAGAUUCGACAAAAAAGGCCGAGGUCGAGUACUGUUGUACUUCGUCGCGCCCGCUUGGAGAAGUUUCAUCCGGCUUUUUUGAAAUUUCGUAUGAUUGCCACUAGGUUUGUGAUCCCCGUAGAGUCAGCCGAAGUGAAGUCAAGUGACGAGCACGUGAGGCAACGAGGCUUUCUGUAUUCUGACAAAAUAUUUAUGUAAUAAUGUUGAAGAAGCAUGUGAGUCCUCGGUGAAAGUAGCACAUUAUUCAACAUUUAAUUAGGCCCGUCUCCUUCGGUGUGCACAUGCGCCUAAAUUGUUGCGAUGGCGUGGCGAUAAUUGAUGCAUUCUAGUGCUCUAUUUGUCUCUACACAGCACGUGGAGGGUUAAUCUCAUGCCUUAACAGACAAUGCACUAAAUAGAAUACGUUAGCAACUGCCGAGAUCUCUUUCCAACAGCACGGCGCACGGCUCACGGCGUUGGUGUCGUUGUCUGUUCAGUACCAAGUUAAACACUGCCAAACCAACAUCAGCACUUCUUUGAGGGCGGAGGCAGAGGCAUGAGUUGAGUUGAAUUGUUUCAGUGUAAUGUGUGUGUUCAGUGAUCUAGCAUUCCUUCACGGCACCUAAAUUUUUACAUAUUUUGUGUAAACACAUAUAUCAAAUGCACUAUUGACUGUAGCUAGAUGAGUACAACCAGCUUUGUGGUAUCAUUGGUCUAAAUAGUAGGUUAAGUAGCUAGAUGUCGGUUUUUUGAACUAUUUGAUUUCAGAAUUACACUAUCAAUCGUUUCUCUAUCUUCCUUUUGUUUUUUGUUUUUUUGGAAUAACAAAAGUAGCCGAUCUCCACGUUAUGCGGAUGAGGGCUGAUAACUCGUCCAAUCGUCAUUUGACUUCUUGUAUCAUAAGGUGUUUGAUAGCAGACCGGGCUUGGGAGGGGACGAACCUUCUCUCCAGUGUGUCAUAAUAACGUGCUUUAGCUUCCUCCCCCCUCGUUGUUGCAUUAGCAUCACACGCUCUCCACUGUCCAUAGUUAUUAUAUUGCUUAUACGGCUUCAGCUACUCGUGGUGGUGCUUAAUUCUCUUUUUCUCGGUGUUGCAGAAAAAGUUGGUGAAAAAUUGCAACAUCAUCCAUGAAAGUAAGUCCUUAUCUCAAUCGUGCUUCUUCUAGUUGUUAGUUUGAAAAAAGAAAAAAAAGUUGAGACUUUAUGUUUGCAAAGUGUUUGCAUAUUUUCCAGAUCAAAACAUAUUGAAAAGUAGAUAAUAGCCUUGAGCCUGCAGCUGUUUGUAUUGUGUUUCAAAUAUAUUACUGUUCAUGUUUUGUUUAUCUAGAGUAGAGACACAGGGUCUACAGUACAUCGUUGUCCUUCUUGCAGUAUGUUUAAUUCAUCGUUAUACUUCUAAUUUCAGACUUCCUUCUGCUUUUUUUUAUGGUGAUCAUAGUGACGUUGUUUAUACAUACAUAGCUUCACGCAACUGGAUAAAGGAUAACAGUUAAUGAGUUGUUUCACAGUAUACUAUAAAUGCUUAUAUGCUUCGCAUUGAGUUGAAAUCAAGGAAAGAUAGUAAUGGUGAGGGUCAUGUUGAGUAAGGAACAGGUGUAUUUUAUUUUGACAUGCAUGCGUCUGUCUUCCUGUUUGUCUUUCAGUCGGUCGCCACACAUGUUUAAGUCAGAUCCUUUUAUUCAAGCUUGAAUAAAGUCACAAAGUUACGAGUAGAAUACAGACAAAAAAGCAUGAGUACAUCCAGAAAACUGCAUUUUAGUCUUUUGGGCCUUCUUCAGUACACAUAAGAGUGAAAUAGAUAACUUCCUACAAAUGUACUAUAUAUAUUUAAGUAUCACCGUCUCCACACAGAUAAAGAAUGCAUUCUGAGAUAGUUUGAUAAAGACGCAACUGCAGCGAGAGUAUACAGUACCUUGUGGGAUAUAGGGGAUAUGCCUAUCAAGUGCCUAUCAGUACAUACAGCAACUAUACAGAAUAUUCAUAGUCUUUCUCUCCUACAUUGCACAGAUACAGUAUAUACUCAAUGGUCUAUUGAAAUAAAUACUAUUUAUACUAUUACUGCUAAGACCUGGUGGUUGUGUGUACAUCCUAAGAUAACCCUUUAAAAUACCUGAAAUGCUCUAUUCAUAUACAGUAAAAGCUACAUCUGCAAGUUUUAUUUUUAUCUUACAUUUAUACGGCUUGGAGGAUUCAAAGAUAUAAAAAAUCCGAUCACUUUUUCACGUUUCUGAAUGAAACAAACGAGUAGGUUUAGAGGGUUCAGAUGGUGCUUGAGACAUUUAUUUAAUUUCCUAACCGGAGGACCUUUUCUUUUCCACGUUGCUCUCUGUCUCGUGGCUGUUAGGGCCGACUAGGACCAUCUUUAGUCUUUGCCGCUUACAAGCGAGCCAUAUUCAGGACGUGCUGUGUGUUUGUGGGGGGGCGGGCCAGUGGCACUUUGUGCUCGGCAGAGGGAGCCACACACAGCUGGAAGUUGAAUGUUCGGAUUUUUUAAUUUGAUGGUGUUGCCGGUAAAUAUCGGCAUUCUUCAGAUUAUCAUAUGCAUCCACCGGCUCGCCAGUAGUGACACUGGAAACGUCGGAGGGCUCUCGCACAUGAAAGUCGAUGGCAAAUCCCCCCACAACGGUCACUCAAGUUGAAUCUUUUAACAGCAGCAAGCAGCAUGGAAAAAAAAAAAAAAGAGGCCGGUCAUUUAGAUAUUUAGAAAUUAAAUUACUAAUUGAGAGUUAUGGCAGAGAACAUGCGGUGCUCAAAAAUGUCUUUAAGUGGUUUGUUUAACAGCAUGAAAACAAAACUUAACGGGAAAAUAUUGUGGGAUAAAAAGCAUGAAUCGAGUUUCAGGACCGAGUGGCUGCGAGAUAAAAGGUGUUGGGAGGGCUUAUUAUUCCGUCCCCUGUGGACUAAUUAAUUUUCUCUGUAACCUUCUCCAGCCUAGUUACUGUGCCAGAUUUAGGAGGGGGGGGAGGGGGGGACACUUAAAAUCAAAUAAAAUGUGAGAUUGAAAGCAGACCAACACAAAUUGGAAAAAAAAUGUAAUUUUUUUUUUUUUCAAUCAGCAAAACCUAUAUAAGCAUAAUGUAUUACAAAAAUGCCAAAAGCAAGUGAUGCCUAUAUUUUGAAUCUUUAAAUCCUCCAUAAUGCAUAAUCUUCAGUAAAUAGGAGAAAACACCUACGAUUCAAAUUUUGAAGGCUUAGUUCCUUAAUACGUUUACUGUUCAAGUGAAGCAUUAAUAGUAAUAUAGGCAACGUGAUGAAGCUCGUCCCAGUCAUCCAGCCGUCACACUGUGACGCACACAAACGGCAAUCGUGUCUUCACGCGCAAACGGUGAAGCGGCUGUGCACAUUUGAAAGUAAGACGCAGCUGAACUAAGCUAUAAAAGCGUCUACAGUACUUUCUCCGAACAUGCAGUUAUCACUCCACCCCCACGAGGCGCUUAAGAGAUAUCGUCAGGUAACAAGCGUCCAUCAGUCCCAAUGAAGCAUGCAGUCCUGUCUACACAGCUUCCUUCCUGUAGGGGAGAACUUUGAAUGUCCCUCCAUAACAGGCUUUCUGUAUCUUUUUGUUUUAAUUUGUUCACAAAGCUGAGGAGACUAAGGCACGAUUCAGCCUCAGAAGACUAAGCGUUCAGCUUCUUUGUGUUCUCAGUCGCUGUGGUGUUUUUUUUUUUGUCGUUGUUUUUUUUUUUCUUCCUUUUUGGCUCGGUCCGGCUCGACGAGACGAUUUGCUUUUUUCGAAAAGUGCGUCAACUAAAAAAAAAAACCAUGCAUUCCUGUUCAAGUCCAGCGCAUUCCAACACCUAGUCUGGCAAACAUUUUCCACACUUAACUCAUCUAACAUUAAGGCGGAUUUCCAGCACUUAUGUGAUGUGUGUUUUUUUUACACAUCUGUUGAGUAUUUGGUCAUGAGGUAGCAAACAUUGCCCAUUACAUCCAAGUUUAGUAUAAUGUAUUUUUCCCUCAGUCUAUUCUCGCUGUGAAUUGAACACAAAUGCCGUAGUCUUUGAGCACAGCUGAAGCCUAAUCAUUACACCCGAAUCAUCACAAGUCAAAUGGAAAAUAAAACUGUACUAGACAAUGUUUGUUUUCAUAAACCAAAGAAGGGUUGAGAUAAUUUAAGUUUAUGGAGAAAGUAACAUUUAUUUUCUGUGUGCGUGCGUGUGUGCGUGUGUGUGUGUGUGUGUGUGUGUGUGUGUGUGUGUGUGUGCAGGCGUGUGGUUCCUUAGCGAUCGGGUUAGUUUGCUACAGUUUUUUUUUUUUUUUCCUCAUUGCCGGGUGCUUGUGAAAAUGCAUUGUUUGUUUUUUGUCAAUUAAUCGGUUGUUCAUAGUUUUGUGGUUGUGUUUAUUUGCCUGUUGUAGACCAAAAUAGACCUUGGUUUUUAAUAAGAAAUGCAACAAAACCUAAAAAUGAAUCUGACACAGCACCUGUGAUGUAAACUAUCGCAUGUUAAACAUGUUUAUAAGUGUUGCAUCCUUCCUCUGACAAAACAUACUAAUCAUUGGUUACGUCUUCUAUACACACAUCUAGCCAAUCAGUGUAGACCUGUUCACCUUCACAUUGGAUUAUAUCGAAAUAGUUUUGUUGAUCGCAGUUUUCCUCAAAUAUUUGCACGGUCUAAUAUUUCAAGGCUGUCCCUUAAAUACUAAUCUGACAUUGUGACGUUGAGUACAUUUAGCCAUUCAUGCUCGAGAUGGACCAAGUUGUUAAGUUUGCACAUAUUUUGUAGCUUGUUUAUUAAGCCAAAAAAAAAAGAAAGGAAAGAGAAUAAUGACACCUUCAGUCUCAGCAAAUUCAAGUCAAAUCCAGCUGAGGUGUUCGUGGUCUGCAAUCAAAUAUUACAGUCGCUCAUGUUCACUGAAAAAAAAAUCACUACAUAAUAAAGAUAAAUUUAAAACCAAACUAACACGCAUUUUUAAAUCACAACGUGGUCCAAAUAUUUAUGAAAGUGGUUACGUAUAUUUUUGUAAGGAUCACCUGCGAGCGGAAUGUAAACCAUUUGGCAAAAUCUGACGAUAUUUUAUUACUGUAAGGUCGAAUUCAAGGUGAAUCUGCUGUAUAUUUUUCAUCUUGUGUGUGUUCAAAAUAGGAAACUUAAUUACUGUAAUUCUGGCGAUGUUUUGUACCUGUGGCGAAGACAGAACUUCUCAAACAUUGGCAUUAAAAAUCAUAGAUGACACGCGCCCUAAUAAACGCAGCGUAGGUUUGUUCCUUCAUCCGGCUUUCAGGCUUUUUGCUGCCAUAUCUUUUACGUAGAUGCUUUCUGUAAACAUGCACUUGAGUUGAACUAUAAGAUGUGCUUAUAAAUAUGUGUAUAUUUUAUUAGGCUUUCUUUUGCCGAAGUUAGUUUGAUAUUUUAUCAUUUCCCUAAAAAAAAAAAACAUACUUCUCCUGUAUAGUUAUGAACUUGGCAGAAGUGGAGCUGUUGUAGUAAAGGUAGUUAACAUCACAACUAAGCAAACCCUGAAAUAUAUGCUGCAGUAAUGUGUUUUCAGUUUGUUUUUGAUAAUUUAUGCUCCAGGUUGGUUUGUAUUUUAUUAUUAUUGUUAUGAAACAAGCUUGUUUGAAAUGUAUUGACUGCUGUUUUGAAAGAGGGGAUAAAGUUUGUAUGUUUUUUAAUGUACGUGCAAGGACGUUUUUAUAAUAUGAUUUGUCAAACACUGGACUGGAGUGAGUUUUCCAACGUUCCCAAGUUGAGAGAUGCAUUUGACAGACAUAACUGCACAGGCGACACACCCGUUAGCACAGACGUGCGCUGACAGAGAAGCACAUCCUCCCCCAGCUGCACGGGGCCAGGUGACUUAACGCGGCCGCCCUUCCUCCCGUUCCAAAUAGGAGUUCAGAUUCAGAUGUGAGAAGUUACGACGUUUCCUCUGUGCUACUUAAUCGCGUCGCUUGGGUGACGGAUUAUUAUAUGUAAUAGGAAAUAUUUAUUGGGGCUUUCCUUCCAAAUUGCUGCACGGGCACGUACUGCUGACGGUCUUUUCUUUUUGUUUCCCUCUGAAAAAGAAAGUGUGCGCUUUUUGAAUAAUCAGAAGAAGAAAAAAAAUCGCAAAAAAAGGAAUUCCACUUGACAGCUAUCGAGUAAUCCGAAUCAGCUGGCGCGUUCUCGCUGUGGUCGAGCAGAUAUGACGGACGAGUGUCAUCAACCCAAACGCCACUUCUCCACCCAGAAAAGACAUUUGCACUAGACUUGUUUUGGUCUUCUUCAAUCUAAAGCAAUAUGAAUCACUCAACGCAUUUUUGAACCAUAGUUGUCUCCCAUGCUGAGUAAAUGAUGAUAUUGGAAAUCAAGUUUUGAUUUGUUUGUUUUUUGUUUGUAUUCAAAAGGUACAGAAAUCAGUCGCUUUUUUUUUUUUUUUUUUAAAUGCACAUCCACAUGUUGUUGUUGGCAGAAGGUUUUUUCUUUUUUUUCUUCUUCUUUUCCCCGAGUAUUUGGUGUCCAGAUUUGAGCGGCAUUAAAACUUGUUUUCCUCCUGUGAUUGUUUUGGACAAAUCAAGCAACUUUGAAAAGUCAGAGACGGCAUGUGAAGGAAUCAUCGUCCAACGUGUCCAACGUCUUCGCCGCGUUUUGAAGAUUUAACAAAAAUACCAAAAGCCAAAACGCAGCUGCCCUACUGUCGUGCACGCCGUCCUCGUUGAAAGCACUCUGCAUAUUUGGUCACUUUGAGGUGCUUUUCAUUUUAAUCGCGGGGAUGUUACAGAGAAAUGCUUUAAAGCAAAAUAAUAAUACUUAUUAGACGGAAGAAGAAAAACACCCAAAUGCACCUGUUUCGUCGUGUAAACGCAGCGCAGAGAGUCUGCGUCCACCAGAAUGCGUCACGCUGCAUCCUUCAUUCACAACAGCAGUAACUUUUGACCUUAGCGUCAUUGUUUCGUUGAUGGGCGUAUGUGUACAUUUUUGAAUAAUUCACAAACGGGCAAAACGUCACCAUUUUAUCUGGAUGUAGUAGCUUUCCUGUUUCCACCGCUUUGUGGCAGUUGUUGAAAGAUGUUGCGGUUUGUCUAAAUAUGUUGCGUGUUAGAGGAAGCAUAAGUAUGUGCCUUCUUGUAAUCUCCUUGGUGAGCUUGUUAUUAUUGAGAAGCUGAAGCCAGCCAAUUGUGUUUGCACUAAAAACCAAAUUGCUUUUGUGAUGUAGACUAUUUAAGCAAGCUUGUUGCGUCACUUUAACCGUACAGUAUGCAUGAGGGUGAAAUUGGUAAGUCUAAGGCUGGAGCUCUCAUCUGUUGACCUGUAAACCAGUGCAGCUUAGAGGAUCUUGUGAAUAUAUCUUGGCUUAGUUUCGCAUUCAGUUUUCAAUUCCAUACUCCUUACUCAUCAAGUUUGUCACAGUUUCUACAGUAAAAAAAAAAAAAGGAAAAAAAAACAAUAAAAAAAACAGCAAAUAACACAUACCAUGAAUACAAUACAGCUUUUACUUUCACAUGCCACAGUUAGAGAGUUAAAACAACUGCAGCGGAGAUAUUCGUUUCUCUGAAUCCAUGGGAAUGCAUGAGUACACGAGGUCGCCUCAAGACUAUUGGUCAAAAUCAUUUAGGUUGUUUUGGAAAAACUUGUAUUUAUUACAUAUUUUGUCGACAUCUAAGAAAGACCUACUUGCUUUGAGUCUUACAAAUGCACCUUAUUCAUGUCAGUCCAUGUGAGGGGGGGAAAAGGCUGGCAAUGUAAUAUCUCUGAUUUAGCACCUUACUACACAGCAUGUUUUCACUUUAUGCCAGUUUAGCUAUUCUUCCAUAUUUAUGAUUUCAAAAAUAAAUCUCAGACUUUGUGAAAUUGUUUCAUGGGAUGUGCCAAACUUUGGAGGCGAUCUCCCAAGUGUUUAUGCUUAUCAUUUUACUUUCCUCCUCCUUCAGUUAUAGCAACGGUAUGUCAAAACUUUCCUAUAACAGUGUGUGGAAUCAAUUUAUCUCAGCAAACAGUAUCAUUACUUGCCAUUUUACAAUAAGCCCUGUAUUUCACAUAUAUUUACCAGUGAUGUGUAUUUGUUAUUAUAAAGAAAAUAGCCGUAAAAGCUUCAUUAUGUUACAUGAUAUUGUGACUUUUUUCGAAAAACUGUGAAGACUUAUCUUGCAUAUACUUUAUACAGAAGUAUUAAGCCUUAAUACAAAAGACUAAAAAAAGUGUGGAAGAAUAAACUGAUUGUUGCUAAGUAAGGAUGAUUUUUGUAAAUGUUACCAGCACUUUUUUUGUAAUUUUCACUCUCUGAGGUAUUGUACAAGUUCAAGCUGUUUGUGAAGUUUGAUUAUGAAGGAAUAAAAACUAGUACUUUCCUGUACUUCACAGAAA